AAAUAUACAAAUGCAGCUGAGAUAAAUAUAUUGUUGAACUUUGUUUUUCUCAUUUGGGAAACAAUGUAUAUGGGUUGCCGGAGAGUUAUCUAUGCCACCAUUUUAGUGGCGGCGACAUUGUGGGGGCGGUCGGAGGCGGGGCGGGCUUUCUUCGUGUUCGGGGACUCGCUGGUGGACAACGGGAACAACAACUACCUGAUCACCUCCGCCAGGGCCGACUCUCCGCCCUACGGCAUAGACUACCCCACCCACCGCCCCACCGGCCGCUUCUCCAACGGCUACAACAUCCCCGACCUCAUCAGCGAAGCGAUGGGGUCAGAGGCAACAAUGGCGUACUUGAACCCGGAGCUUAAGGGCGAAAAGCUGUUGGUUGGCGCCAAUUUUGCUUCCGCCGGCGUCGGAAUCCUUCCCGACACUGGCUUCCAGUUUAUGUUCGAGGCGUACCAGGCGAGAGUGACAAGCUUGGUAGGCAGGGAGGCGGGAGUGAGGCUCGUAAACCAGGCGCUUACGCUCAUAUCCCUCGGUGGCAACGACUUCGUCAACAACUACUUCUUGGUCCCCAUCACCGCCCGCCGCCUCCAGUUUAACAACAUUCCCAACUACUGUCGAUACCUCGUCUCCGAGUAUCGCAAGAUCCUGAUGAGGCUAUAUGAGUUGGGGUGCAGGAGGGUUCUGGUGACUGGGACGGGUCCCAUGGGGUGCGUCCCGGCCGAGCUCGCCCGGAUGAGCACGAACGGGCAGUGCGCGGCGGAGCCGCAGGAGGCGGCGGCGGCGUUCAACCCGCUCCUGGCCCAAGUGCUGGCGGACCUCAACCGGCAGCUCGGCGCCGACGUCUUCGUCUCGGUCAACGCCAUGCGGAUGCAGGAGGACUUCGUCGCGAGCCCCGAGUCCUACGGGUUCGUGACGUCCAAGGUGGCGUGCUGCGGGCAGGGCCCGUACAACGGGAUUGGGCUCUGCACGGUGGCGUCCAACCUCUGCCCGGACCGGGACCAGCACGCGUUCUGGGACCCGUUUCAUCCCUCCGAACGGGCCAACCGGAUCAUUGUCCAAUCCAUUUUGACCGGAGCAAAUCACUACAUCUCUCCUAUGAAUUUAAGCGCCAUUUUGGUCAUGGAUUCAAAUGAGUGACUGAAGAAAAAUUCCUCCAUCGAUCCUACAGCUAGAAAAUGGGUAGUAGUGUAGAAUUCAAUAAUAAUUUAUUUCCUUCGUG